GUUCAAAAACUCAUUAAAGUUAAGUUUAUUUCCUUGAUUGGAAAAAAAUGUCUUUGGCUCAAAAAAUCAACUUGUUCGAGAAGAGGGAAACAACAACAAUAAACUCGCCGACGAAGUCAGUUUCAAUCGGACCGCAGAGCCACACACAACUGAAACAUAAAUUCGUGUAUAAUAAUGAGUCGCGCUUAAAAAGUAAUAAAUAUUUUCAGGAAAACACUUCGUUGAACGACAAUAUUUCAAUCGAAAUUGAUAAAAACAAUUCGCCUGAGUUAGACGGCAACGCAUAUCAUAUUGAGGACAAUUUUGUGAGUCAUCGUAACAAAAUGGUUGCUGCAAAGCAGGAAAUUGUGAAUGAAACACAAACUCAACAAACAAUGGAGGUUGAUGAGAAUGGAGUUGGAUUGAAAUACGGUCCAGGAUUUGUAAGCAAGUUAAGAUAUCGAUAUUUAAGUUUGACUCUUCGUCAGACAUCGGUAUCUAAGCAACGACCUUCACUUGCUCAACUGAGACGUUCCACAAGUCUGAACAAUCUUUUGGAUGAAGAAACAGAGGAAAAUGAUCAGGAUGAACAGCAUCAUAUUGUGGGUGACGGUUCACAAACAAAGGCAUACGAAGUGAAUGGCAAUAUCAUUGUGCCUGCAAAAAACCUGAAAAACCACAAUGCAAAUGGCAUUGAGAAACCAUUGACCGAAUCUUAUCCGCCGCCUACAGAUGGACACCAUCUUAUUACGCGUGCAAGUCGGUCUAUAGACAAAUCUUUAAAUUUAAAAAGAGCACGCUCAGUUGAAGCCAUCCUUCGAUAUGAUCAUACAGCUUGGGAGCGUGAUAUACAAAAGGAUCACAAAGAGCAAAGCUCUAAUCGAAAUUCCAGUGACGUCACGAUUGAAGAUAAGAUUCAAAAUGCUCGCGAUCGGCCACAGGUUCAAGCACCAAAACGGCUAAUGUCAUUAAUCGAUGAUGAUGAAAGACCGCCACCAGGAAUUUGUAAGCAAACAAUGAGAAUUUUUGAAACUUCAGCAAAUAAGAAAAGAAGUCCAGUCACACGUCCAAUAGGCCAGGAAAUUGCAAAUAAAGUUGCUUUGUUUAAGAAUCAACAAGAGAAGCCACCGAUUGCUGCUAAAAAGCCAAAUAUCAUUCCACGUACCACUAGUCCCAAGACACUCAACCAUCUCAACAAUAAUAACAGCAGUAAAACAGCAAUGAAUAACAACGAAAAGUUUGCAAGAUUUUCAAAAGAAAAAACUGUACUGCCAAAGCUUGACAUAAAUAUCAUUAAGAAUAAUUUGGAAACAAAAUCAAAUGGAUCGUGGUCACCAGCUGAUAACAAGGAUUCUUAUCGUAAUGUGAAAUUGGAUUAUUCACCAGCACUUUCCGAAUCAUCCUUAUCAUCAACACCAACUGUUUUAUCACCUUUCAGAAACUCGAUGUCACCACAACUUAAUGAUACUAAAAAGCAAGACUUGUCAUCUACUUCAUCGACUAUAACAUCGCCGAUCAUAACGUCACUUUCAAGUAAAUUAAAUAAUCUUCAUAUGGAGACGACGUCCACGCCCAAAACGUACAAUAAAAGUAAUAAUCUGCUUAAACUUAUCGAUGAUCCUGAUAUGAUGAACGGUGGUGAUAAGGACGCAAGUGAUAACAUACACAACAACAGAAAUAAUAUAAAUAAUAAUAUUAAUAAAAGCAGUAGUAGUAGUAAUGUGGAAAGUGUAAGUGAUACGAAAAGUGUUAAAGAUGAGUCGAAGACAUUGAGUUUCAUUCCAAAAAUCAAUAAUAAUAUCGGCACAAACAACGGUAAGUUCAACUACGAGAAAUUACCAGCUGAUAACAAAAAUGUUGAUGUGAAAACUGUGAAAGAGAAUUUUGUGAUUACAAAGCCAACUCAAGCCCCACCGCCACCACCACCCUACAUCAUGAAAUCACAACAAUCACGUGAUAACAGCAAUGAUAAAAGCUCCAUUGAUUCUAAGAAUUCUGUUGACUCAUCAGAACAGUCAAAAGUAGUAGAAGAAACAGCAACACCAAAAUGGACAGUGAAAAAAAAAUCGUGGUCAGCACAAAACAAUGAUGACACAGCUAAUACAAUUGUAUUUAACUUCAGCGAUCGAAAAGAUGUUCCAGAUUACAUUGAACAUGAUGGUUUGAUUCUAAGACGAAGGCGAGAGCUACCAAAGCCGAAUGAAUCAGGUUUCGUGUUGUUAGGUGACUUGACAUUAGACUCAUCAACUGAUCCAGAUGAUGCAUAUCAAAUGGGUCCGCCAUCGCCAUGCGAUGUUGAAUUUGAAAAUGCGAAUAUUGUGCCAGAUGGAAAAUCGAGCAUUCGAACACGGUCAAAAGAAGUUAAGUUGUGUGGAAAGAUUAAAUUCCGUUUACUCUUUAAUGAUCAUAUCAACUCUAUUGAUAACCUCAUGGUUACAAGUCUAAGUGCUUUCAAAAUUCAAUUUGAUGACUCGCUGACGGCAACGUUUGAAUAUCCGUCGGAAACAUCUUUGAUGAUUGAUGAGACGUUUGGUGAUGAAGACGAAAUUGAUGCAAAUUUUUAUGCUCGUUCUAAUGCUAGUAACUCAUCAUCGAAGCUUAUGACUACAGUGCCAUUCGGUUCAACACCUUUCGCUAAUUAUCAACCACAGAAAGCAAAUGGAACGACAUUUGAACUCGGAAUCACAAGAACCACGCCAUCACCAUCAUCAGCAUCAAGUGAUGAAAAUACAUUCAUAUCAAAUCCAGAAUCAGACGGUGAAGAUUAUUUAAAGCCAGCGACCGAUGAAGAAAGUCAACGAUGGAGCAGCGAAGGCACGAAAGGAACUGAUUUGUUAUUUUAAGUGUUGCAUUCCCUCAUUAAACAUUUUCAGUUUUUCUUUUAUGAAUUUAAUGAAAAGUGAAAGAUUUUUUCAAAUUAUGUUACACAAUUUCAAGGGCAAUUGAAAUAAUUAUUAAUUAAUCGUAAGAUCUCAAUUAAAUUCCGUAACAUCAUUAACAAAACGCUCCCUAUAAAUGAACGAAAAAUUUUGUUUUCUUUUUCUCUCUUUUGUAUUUUCUGAUUUUAAAACUUUAGCUCGUUAAUUUAAUUGGCGAUCAUAUAAUGACUGUGUACGUGUAUAUGAGAGUGUGUGAUGGGAGUCAGUAUAAAUACUUAGCAGACUACUAACCACUAAACGGAAAUUGAAACAAUGAAAAAAAAUCAACAUCAAAGAAAAAAAAACUUCCAAUUAAAAAUCCAGAGAACAAAAAUUACGCAAAAAUUUAUUUUCUAUAUUUUUAUUUCGUUUCGCUUAAUGUGAUUUGAAUUGGUAAAUGUGUGAACAUAAAAUAACAUUGAAAGUUUCAGUUUCAUUUGUCGUUUUUGAAUGGCGAGUUUAAUAACAUUUUUAUAUAUUUUAUUUUUUCUUUUCUUUUUAUCAUUAUGAUUAAGAAAAGACUUUGAAGCCCUCUAAGAGAAAAUUUCAAACUAUUAACAUAAUAAUAAAAUGCUGUAGAGAAAAAGUUAAGUUGCUUCGUCAUAAGUUUUGUGAAAAUUUCUUUGUAAACUUUUAUGUCUUCAAAGUCAAAGCUAAAAAUUUCGCUUUUGUCACGUAUUGAGUGUCAUUUCGAUAUCAAUUAAACGUGGAAUACUUCUUAAAUCAUAUUUUGAUGAUUAAUUUAAUUGUCAAAUUCUUAAUAAAUUUUCUUUAAUGAAAAUAAUUGAGAAAUAUUAAACGAUUGAAAAGAUGAUAUUUGAUAAACAAUUUUGUGAGCUUUGCAUAAGCAUUAGAGCAGUAAGAAAGCCUAAACUUUAAUAGUACCAGAUUAACUGCCCAAGUAUUGCCCGACAUUUUAUAAAGAAAUUUUUUAGUUGCAGAAUCUGCACAAAUGUGCGUAAUUUGCUUGAAAGCUAAAUACAUAGUGAUAAGAUAUGAAGGAAGUAAUUUUUUUUAAUUAUUAUUAAAGCUUUGAUUAAUCGUCUAAAAUAAAAGAAUUAUUCAUUGAGUAACAAAAUAAUUAAAAGAAACUAAGACUGUAAGAUAAGAAAAAGACAAAAAGCAAAAUUGUGAAAGAAUUUUCUAUAAUUGAUCGAAAGAAUAAAAACUUUUUUGUAUGACAUGUGAAGUGUUGUGUGUC